AUGGCCCCUAUCGCUCUUCACUUCGCCCUGUUGGGCCUUGGUGCCUCUCUGGUGAACGCCAUCCCUCCCAACGCCAACAAUUACCUCAUCCCGCAUCCUCCGGCGACGGUCACUGUCACUGUCACUGCUUGUGGCUCUCAGUGUGCCAGUACCGUGACUUUCACAGAGACCUUGACUGUGACGCCUCCGUACAUGCACACAUGCGAGCCUUCCACUACGAGCAUUCCAGGAAGCUUGAGUUCCACAUUCUUGUCAUCUAGUAUUCUCCCUCCUACGGCUACGUCCCCCGGUUACACCAACUCGUCCACCUCGGUCGGCUCUAGCACUUCUUCUGAAGUCACUGGAGCAGUAUCAUCGUGGACUCCAACUACGCGAGUCACGGUCUCCUCCCAGCUGCCUAGUGCUGGCACUCCGAGCUCCUCUCUCACCUGGACAGUUAAUGCUACGUCUCACGGUACUGGCACUGCUGGCACGAGUGUUACCACUGGCUCUUCCUCGAGCCUCUGGACAAACUCUACCCGCACUCAUGUCACUCGCACCGUCACCAAGACCAUCCGCACCACCGACACAGGCUCGUCCACUUCUUCGAAAGUUUCGACCCAAAGCAUCCCAAGCAUCCCUACGAUAAGCAUCCCUCCUCUGCCAUCUUUCUCCACCCGAUCUGAAUCGAGCAUCGCCCCCCCUAUUUCCUAUUCAUUGACCACUCUCACCACGACGUCAGUCUUCAACACCACUGUCUCGUCUCAGCAUCCCGGAGCGUCCACACACUCUCUCUCCACGUCUUACACCACCAAGAGGACUACGGUUGUCGUCACCCUCACGAAAACUGUGCCUCUCAGCACCGGUACUGCCUACUCGUCAACUAUUCGCGGUACAGCAACUUUGAGCAGCGUUUCUGGCGGAUACGAUUACCCUCCCUCCACCAAGGAGUCCGCCGUAUCGCCGGGAACUACUGUAGGCAGCGCCAAGCCGACACUCGUUUCUAGCAGCACUUCGGAUAUCCCAGGAGGCUACGACACCCAAUACCCAGCUCCAACCUCAUCCUUGGGUAUCACCGUCUCGAGUGCUCUUCCGACUCUGAUCAGCCCAACUGCCAGCAGCAUCCCUGGUGGUUACGACUAUCCUCCCUCUCCAUCUUCCAAGGCAUCGGAGGAGACGACGUCGACCGAGUAUCUCGGCACCACCGUGGCCAGUGCUCGACCGUCCCUGGUGAGCCCCUCCGUUUCAGAGGUAUCGCCCACCCCGACUACCUUUGAGACUCGCAAGUCUGAUGAGUACACUUCGGCGUCUACCAUCUAUGGUGGAUAUGAGUUCGGCCGUCGCCGGGCUCUGAGGAUGUAG